AUGGAAGAGAUGGAAGAAAAUAAUCAAGUUGAGCAACAUCAUGUCGACACUUCUCGUCCUUUUAGCUCGGUUAAAGAAGCUGUUGCCAUAUUUGGCCAACGGAUUAUGCUACCGGUACAAACUCACACCGUAAACCCUAAACCAGUAAGUCCUUUCGCUAGUCCUAGCAUCAGCCAGACUCCUAAACCGGUAAGUCUCGUUGCUAGUCCUAGAAUCAGCCACACCGCCACUUUGCCAUCUUCUCCAUGGAAGCAACGAGCCUCGUUGCCUUCUUCUCCUCAAGGUUUAAAAGAAGAGUUCAUGGAUGUUUUGAAGAAGCUUGAAGCCGAGAUAACGGAAACGAAGACAGAAGUGAGGAUGUUGAAGGAGAGAGAGUCUGAGACAGAGGUUGCUUUGGCUACUUUAAACGCUGAGCUACAUAAGAACAUGUCAAAGAUGGCUAAAGCCGAGGCUGAUGCUGCAGGGAAGAGCGUGGCGGCAAUGGCUAAAUCUGUAAGCUUCAAGGAAACGAAAGAGAAGGAAAAUGGAGAGGAAGAGAGGAGGAGAGAGCUGAUGAGGAUGAUGCAGAAAGAGUAUCCUUCAUUGGCUCAGAUACUUGACAGUAACAAAGGAGACAGAAAUGGGUAUUUUGCAAAGACUACAAAGAAGACGAAGAAGAAACCUAUCAUAGAGACUGAUAACUCCUUAACAUCGAGUCUGUGUGGGAAGAAGGAACUAAACCACAACUCAAGGGUUUGA